UUCCUCAAGACGCCGCGGUGUGCUGGACCAGUUUUUCGUCUUAGUGCAUCAAAGGAGCCCACACUUCUAGUCUUCUCCUGACCACAAGACGACUGCAGUAUCCUUCCCAUCGUUGAUCUGAACGCUAUGUAGUGAUAUCUGGAGGAGUUUAAGAGUGUUUAUAAGCGUGAAAGGAAGACAACCAAGAAACCACAAGAUGAGAUUCAAAACGUUCUUGAUAGUUUGUUGCGUAUGCGUCACGAAUGUGGCCAGCUCGGAUGCCACUGAAUCUGCGACUAACACGUGGACACCUGGAGAGGACGACCGAGACCCUGAAUCACAAGCAUUCAAGGAGAUGAAUAUUAAUCAGUGCAUCUUCAGUGGUCUAGGACACAACUGCACUAAUUCCAGGAGUUCGGACGAAACAGCACCAUCAUCACUUUCACCAUCAGUGCCCGCCAAUGCUACUAUUAUAACUGUGUCAGUACCUAUCUCUAAGGCAGGUUCACCAGUAUCUAGGACCCGAGCAACUUCAAAUGCCCCUGGUAAUCAAACAUAUCCAGGAGAUGCUGUUGAUGACAGCUCAUCAGACAAGCUGGCUGAUGCAGCGCCUUUGCUAGCACGCGCUGGUGAAAUAGCUCCAUUGGUAUCUGGUAUGACAAAUGUAAAUGUACUUCUUAAUGCAACAGAUUCACAAGAAUCUACUGUCUUAACGUUUGUUCCAGGAGUUUCUGCCAAUACGGCAAAUUUACAAGCUCACCUCACUGAAACAGCUCCAGGAACAUCUGCUUCUCCAACAGCACCAAACCCGUUUGUUUCCACUGAAGAAAAAUCUGUUACUACAAUAGUGUCUUUACCUAUCAAUUCCACCACAAUAGUGGAGGUCCUAUCAAGUCAGCCUGUGAUAGCCCCCAGAGAGUGACAUUGAGACAUUUCUACCAAAUUUCGACUGUUUCACAGAAAUGGACGUUUCCCUUGACCGAGAACUUAAUAAUCUUACAAAAUCCUCAAAAAUUUGUUUGAGCGAAGCCUUGUGUGCAUUAGAAAACAGAGCCAGUGAUUUUACUGUGGGAAAUGUCAACGUCCAUUGGCUCAAAAAUAUGUCCGAGAAUUGCUAUGAGGAUAUCUUCCUAGAUUCUGGUUAUGGUGUCAGUUUGUCAGGAAGAGUGACAGAUGAAAUAAGUUUCAUUUUGCUGAAUCCUUCGUGCAAAGAGUCGAGGGAGUUGGCAUAUGCCGAAUACCUUGGGAAGGAAAUGUCAUUCCUGCCGGGCGUGUGUAGGGAACUACUAUGUUAUGCAGGAGUGAAUGAGGCGUAUUCUGAAGGCUUAUAUGCCACCCUGAUUCAUCCCCUUAUCACAAGUAAUUACGACCUCGUCGAUAACUGCCAACUCGUAUUACGAAAUAAGAUGCGAGCCGGGGAUAUUUCAACCUCUCCUGGUCACACUAGCAUUUUCCAGACUACAAACUACCCCAGAGGCUCACCUUGCACUACGUAUACUCUCUUCACUGUCAUAGACACAGAUUCCCACCUCAUCAUACCCUUCCGCUCCACCUGGUGCCGUCUCAUGAACAAAGAACUGUGGGAGAAUUUUUUAGUCGAUUCUUACAUGGGUUUCAUGUCCAGAUCUCAAUCCGAAUUAUAUGAGUGCAUUGCAGAGAAGAAGCAAAAGCAUAAAUCAAAUGCCACAGACUAUGGAAGGCUCAUUCAAGACCUAAUUGGACCAACGAUCUCAGUUCCCGUCAUACCCCAUGCUUGCACGUCUUUGAUCUGUGAUGCAGAUGUAGAAAUAGCAAAUAUUCUACAGAGGAAUGGGGAAGUUUUGCAGUGGUUUACACACGUGUACUACAAAACCAAACGUCAACUUCGCGUGUUAAAGGCUAAAGUUAAUAGAUGCCAAAGAGCACUGAUGAAUGAUACUGAAAUAGAUGGAAACAACAAUGCAGUUAUGAUUUCUAUCCCAUCAUCAACUGAGAGCAAUAGCAUACCUCUUCUUGUUACAGCAAGUUCUUCUUGCCCUGACACUGGUAAUUCAGGGGGGAACAGGAGAGUUUCGUGAAAUCUCAAAUUCUGGCCACACUGAACAUGCUUCAGGAGGACAUCCUGGAAAACUGCAUGCCUCUGGUAUGCAAUGCUACAGUGAAAAAGCUUUCAAGCACAUUAUUCAAUGUUUUGGUUACAUACAAUGAUGCCGAUACUGAAAAAUGCCUGAACUCAGCUUCAUAUAUGACAGCUUACUCUAGCAAGGAAUAUAUAUUUUCUUUUGUCGAACCUCAGACUGGGAGUUCAGUUGUGUUUAUGGUAAGCAAGUCUCAGAGAAAUGAAAUGACUGCAUCUUUUCUGACACUCCUUCACAGAGGCGACAAUGCCAGAUUUGCAAUAUGCUGCUCUCAUGUCCAUGAAGACUUGAGCUACCAUACGUAUAGCUUUGACGAGAACGAUUACUAUAUAUGUCCUGUUCACCCAGAAGACAGCUUUGCUUUGGAAUGUUUGCCCAACCAGUCGCCAUGGCAGAUGCAACACAUUGGGAACAAUCAACAUCUUUUGGUCAUUGACAAUGCCUUCGUUUCCUCUAAACUGAUGACUUGGUUAGCAACUUUGAGCACCAGCUUCUCUGCAACAAAUCUCAAUUAUAUUUCGACUCUUCAAGUUGAUUAUCUACAAUUCUUGAAUAAUCUAGUCUUUGUAGUUGUCAAUCAGACGUUAAGAAACCCACAGUUCCAAGAAUUUGUAACUCAAUUACAAGAUGCUGAUAUAAGAUGUCACAGAUCUUAUUACUUCACUGUUUGCCACAAACCCAGCAGUAGAUUCCAAGCGCUCACCCAUCAAGAAGGUUAUUUGUUAUUCCUUCAUGACUGCUUAAUAACAAGCUUAGAAAAAGAUAAGAUUAUUCUUCUUCUGCUGAACAGGUUUUUUGGAACAGGACCCAGCGACGAAUACUUAUGCCAAGAUGAUAUUACAGCAGCUAUGGUGCCAUCUGUACUGAAGCGAAUCUCAUACUAUUCAAGCGGCCCUCUUAAUCAAGUCAUCUCAGCUGUAGAAGACCUGAAAUCUGUAACUCCAAAUCUACCUUGGGUGGUGAAGCAUAAUCAUAUAAUAGACGCAAAUGAUUCCGAAAGGUGUAGGAUGGUUUCAAACUUUGAGAGCAUAUCUGACUACCUCAACACUGAGAUGUGCAUCGCUUUCCCUUACAAGGGAUCAGUUGUCUUCUUCAGCACACAGGAAUUAGACUCCUAUUAUUUCCAAACAUUCCCCACGAACAGACUCACCACUGACAUAUACACCUGGGGUUUCACUAAAGUGACCGAGCCUUUCUCUCUUUUUCCCGUGAAGUACAUUAUAGAGUUUUCAAACAUCUCAAUUCAGGUUAACAUACUCGAGAAAAAUCCUGUGCAGAAACUCGUCCAGAAAAACCACGGGACUCAAAGCCUGAGUCACAAGACCUCUGCUGUCCACAUGUCGAAACUAGUCAUGCAUGCUACCUUAAACAAUAACAGUAUGUGUUUGCAAGAUCUCCAGAAUCACAACUUUUUCCUCUAUUCCUCAGAGUCUACAUUUUGGCUAGGACCAGUCUCUAAGGGUGAGCCUCUGGGGCACCCUUGUUUAGCUUCUCUUUCAGACGAUACAGUUGAUCUACUUCGGGGCAACAUUAAUCAGAACAUGUCAACCAUCAACAGGUUUUGGCCAACAUGUUCUUAUGGUAUGAUGAUAUCCUGGAACAAAAAAACUUUUAAUGUGGAUGACUGGGACUACCUCCUUCCGCUCUGUAAAAUAAAGGAGGUAUGUCUCAUCAUCCUGAUUGCCAUACCAGUUCUGCUUAUCCUUGCAGGAAAUGUUUUUGCCACAGCUGUAAUCAUCAAGUCAAAUCUUCACCAACAGGACACUUCAUUUAUGAUCUACCUAUCUCAUAUUGCAGCAGACUUCUUCCUAGGCCUGUUUCCUUACUGUCUUAUCAUCUAUGACUCGGUAUCUCUGAUUUUUGGCUCGCUAACAUUCCAGGACCUAAAUCCAGGAUUUUGGAAUGCUAACUUCGAUUACCUCAGUACUCACAAAUCUCUUGAUAUGAGUUUCUUGACAUUCGAAAGACAUGGCUUCCCAUCGUUUUGUAGCAUCGUGUUGACCAUUUCAGUUGGAGUAUCUCUUUUCACGUUAGUGUUACAAGGAGCGCAGUGUUUCUUUUUAGCCAUCCAAAAGCCGUUGCAUCACCAUAACAUUAAAACAGGUCUCUGUACAAGCUGGGUAACUAUUUCGGUUUUAGCAGUUCUCAUGAACUGGAGAGAGAACGGAUGGGCAUUUACUGGGGUUUUCGACCCAGUGACAAAAAUAACGUUCAAUGUGAGCAGAAACGAAGUUCUGACGUCUUCCAUGAAUUAUUAUCUUAUUGUCAGCAUCUUCGCCACAUGUUGGAUCUUGAUUUUGGCUGCCGUCAUGUUCCUGUCUAUUCAUAAAAGCAGCAGAUACCAACCACGCACAGUUCCAUCUGAAGGUGACGCCGUCUAUCAUGAAAAGGUGCAGCACCCAGUCCGAACUUUUUAUUGGCUGGUAGGAAUUUAUUCUGUGUCUUUCACUUUGGUCCUGUUAGACUCCACGAAUGACCUUAGUACCUUUAGUCCCGUUUUACAUAUGAUGUGUUGGUGGGGUUUCCUGCUGUUAAUCUCAGUGAAGUGGGCAGUGAUAGCAUUCACCAGCAUAAGGGUCAGACAAGAAGCUAGAGCCUAUUUCUGCAUAAGGGAGGAGCUGUCAGGCCUGGCGGAUGACAGAUUUCUUGAACAAGUGGUAGACAAGGUGCCAGCCCCCACGCAAAACCCUCUGGAACUGAAUCCGCUGGACAGGUUAGAGGUACGCUGACGACGCUGAAGUACUUUCCCUGAAGGUGCUCGCGUCAGGGUGGAAUGUUUCUAGUCAUCCUAGUGAUCGUAAUAGCAUUAAGUCCCAUAUUUAAAGCUACCUCAUGGCCUUUUGUACACUUUACCUCCCCCAUCUCCUCACAUAAUGCAGGAGGUGACAGUAAUUUCAGAGACAAGUUCUUGGUUUUGGAACUGUGUUUGUGGCAUUUUUCCCAAGCCCUCAUCAUUGUGUUGAUGACACAACAAGACUUUCUGGAAAUAUCACUUACUUUAACUCUGCUGGUUGUUGACUGGAAGUUGUUCACGUUAUUUAUGUUGUUAAAGAACUUGAUCGGUUAUGAAAUGAUAUAAUGUUGCUUGUUUAUAUAAAAAAAGAAAGAUUGUUUAGAGGCUAAUCAUAUUUUGAUACUGACUUUACGAAUAUAGCUUUAGUUUUUAAAGCCCUUUUAGGUUGUUUUAUAUUAUUUCUAACUAGCAAAGUACAGCUAGUUUAAAAUGUAAUUGUUUCCAAAUUGGGUGAAUGGUUAUGAAGAUGUAAUGAUGCUCACCAAUUUACUGAAACAGUUAUGUCUAUAAAUUGUUAAAAUAGGCGUUUGAAGUUUAAUACUUAUAAAUAGAGACAGUGUUGUCAGAGAGAUUCACUUUUGUCCUGUGUGAUAUUAUAAGUAUGACAUUAUAUCAUAAGUAACAUUUUAUUUUUGUGAUGCCAAACUUUGAUGAAAUAAAUACUACUUUAUUAUUUCCAAAUCAAUAAUCACCAUGUAUACUGUCGACCAAGUUACUGAAGUGAUACCCACCGUCCCUGUAAUUACAAUUUUUCACAAGAAUAAAGGAACUUAGACGAA